AUCACCGAUCUAUUUGUAGUUUUCCAUCGCCGCACAUCGCAGUUUGUUACGUAUCGCGAUGGCGACGUUGUUCAAUUUAUCAAGAUUUUUUAAUUAUACGGCGAGUAAUUGUGUGAGAAGAAUAGUGCCGGCCAUAAUUUGCAAACAAUAUUAUCCUGCAUUAAGAUUGUGGGAAACACCAAUAGCAGAAUAUCGGACAGUUAAACCACCAUGGAUGAAGCCAAUCCCAAAUUAUCAAACGGAAAUACAGGAAUGGGAUGAAAAGAAAGAGAAAAUAUGCAUUGAUGUAACAAACGAAAUCAACAAUCAGAUCACAACAGACAGUAUUGGCCGUAUGUUCGCGGUUGUCCAAGUAUGUGGAAAACAAUUUAAGAUAACAGAACAUGACAUUAUAAUUAUUGAGGGAUUCUGGCCACCGAACAUAGGCGAUCAACUAAAACUGGAAAAAGUGUUGCUGGUUGGCAGUAAAAACUUCACUCUCAUAGGCAGACCAAUUUUGAAUAGAGAAUUAGUUUCAGUCGAUGCAACAGUUAUAGAAAAAACUUUAUCCCAUACAAAAACUCGCUUUAGGUUCCGGCCAAGGAAACAGUAUCGCCGUAUAAACUUCUACAGAAUACAACACACAAUGCUACGGAUUAAUUCCAUAAAUAUAAACGGAAACAUCAACGAGAAGAAAGAAGUGGAGGGAUUAGACAGAGUGUAUUAAUAAUAUAACACAUGUAUGUAUAUAUAAGUACGUUCUGUUUUACGUAUGUUGUGUAAGGUUGUUUUAUGUUUGUUUAACAUUCUGCGAACAACAAGAAUAAAAAAUGAUUAUUAUGUACAUAAAA